AUGGCGAUUUCUACCAUGUCUGCUGCGAAUGGACAGAGAGAUGGAACACUGGAAACUUGCAGUGAUCUCUCCAACCUCGAAGGGCCCGCACUGAACUUGACAGUCCUGGGACUGAACAGCGGCACCUCCAUGGAUGGCAUAGACUGCGCACUUUGUCGAUUCCGCCAGCAGGAUCCUUCCGGCCCGGUGACAUUUGAACUCUUGAAGUAUGGCGAGACUCCUCUAGACCAGCAGAUCAAGAGACGAGUGAUGAAUAUGAUUUUGCACAACUCAACAUCGCCCGAAGAAAUUGCCGAGAUCAAUGUUAUCCUCGGCGAGGCUUUUGCGACGGCUGUGGAAGAAUUUACCAUUAAGCAUGGUAUUGACAAAUCCAGCAUCGAUGUCCUUGGAUCUCACGGCCAGACGAUAUGGCAUCUUUCUAUGCCGAAUGAGAACCAAGUCAAGACGACUCUCAGUAUGGCAGAAGGCACGAUUCUGGCAGCUCGGACUGGAAUUACAACGGUAUCCGAUUUUCGAAUCAGCGAUGUAGCUGCUGGACGUCAAGGGGCCCCGCUUAUUGCAUUUUUUGAUGCUCUGCUUUUGCAUCAUCCUACCAAGCUUCGUGCAUGUCAGAAUAUCGGCGGAAUCGCCAAUGUCUGCUUUAUACCACCUGACAGCCAUGGAGGCGUGGAUGAGUGCUUUGAUUUCGAUACUGGGCCUGGAAACGUUUAUAUAGAUGCAGCAGUCCGACACUUUACUAACGGCGAGCGGGAAUACGACAAGGAUGGUGAAAUGGGGAAGCGCGGCCAAGUACACCAGGAACUCGUGGAUGAAUUCUUGACACACCGAUACUUUGGACUGGAACCACCCAAAACAACGGGCCGCGAAGAUUUCCGGGACACUCUAGCCUUUGAUCUCAUUUCAAAGUGCCAGAAGAAAGGGUUAUCACAGGAUGACAUCGUGGCAACCAUUACUCGAAUCACCGCGCAAUCGAUCGUGGAUCAUUACCGACGCUUUGCGCCAUCUCAAAAUAUAGACGAGAUUUUCAUGUGUGGCGGGGGGCCUUCAAUCCAAACAUCACAGAUUUCAUCCAGAAAAGCUACCCAAAUACCCGGAUUCUAUUGCUGGACGAAGCUGGUAUUCCGGGAAAUGCCAAGGAAGCGAUAA